UCCUGCCGCAUCACGAUGGCCCGCGAGUGGGGACCGCGUCAGCCGAGAACGCGACUGUCGGAAGUAAGCGUCCACUCAUCCAGAAUGUGCGCACUGCGCGAAGCCACAUGGUGCCACCGUUCGACCGGGGUGCCGGCCUUGCAGCUAACAGGGAAGACCUACCUCCACGCCGUGUACAGCCGUUCGCGACCAGCGAUGCCGGGAUCGCGGGAAGAAAACGGCAUCCCUCUCCUUCGCUCGGAUAGUGGCCUCAACGGACACGCGACGCGGAACGACAUCGGGUCACCGCCGUCAGCAACAGCCCUACGCGGACACAGGCCCAGGUCGAGUGACGCCGGCAACCCCUAUGUCGGCUCCAAGCUGGCUCUCUCAAACGAGUCUGAAGAAGAGAAGCUACGGCGCACAGCAGUGGCAUUAUCAGAUAAGGAGUCACUCGACGAGUCACAGCUGCUGCCGCAGGAGUUUGUGGUGUCCUUCCAGAAUGGGGGUAGCCCAGUGGUUGACAUUGAGAAUGGUGCAGCACGAUCCAGUGAUGUAUUCCGGCAGUCCCGGUGUAAUGCUGUCUACCUUGACUGGAGGAACAUCACAUACACGGUGCCUGUCAAGAAGAAAGAAAAAAAGGCCCUCAUCAGCCGCAUGUAUGGCAGGGCAGAACCAGGCACAUUGACGGCUAUCAUGGGCCCCUCGGGUGCUGGCAAGACUACGCUGAUGAAUGUCCUCUCUGGCCACUAUGACAAGGGCUACCAGGGGGAAGUGCAAGUCAAUGGCUGGGUGCGGGACACAGAGCUCUUCAACCAGCAAAGCUGCUACGUCAUGCAGGACGACUGCCUGCUCCCCGAACUUACAGUGCGCGAGGCACUCACCGUGGGUGUCCAGCUGCGUAUGCCGUCCCUCAACCGCUCCAAGCGUGAGCAGCUGGUGGACGAAGCAGUGACGCGAUGGGGUCUGGACGUAUGUCAGAACACGCGUACCAGCUGCCUCUCAGGUGGUCAGCGCAAGCGGCUAGCAAUCUCCCAGGAGCUGAUCAGCAACCCUCCAGUCAUCUUCCUCGACGAGCCUACCAGUGGCCUGGACAGUACUUCUGCACUCCGCUGCGUGAAGGUGAUGAAGACAUUGGCGGCAGCAGGCCACACGGUGCUCUGCUCCAUACACAAUCCGAGUGCCAAGCUAUUCUCACACUUUGAUAGGCUCUACAUGAUUUCAGAAGGGAUGUGCAUCUACAAUGGACCAGUGGACAAGCUGCUUAACUUUCUGUCCACGCAGAACCUGCACUGCCCCAUUUACCACAACCCAGCAGACUUUAUCACUGAAAUUGCAUCUGGAGAGUAUGGCAACCUGAACAAGCAGUUGGCAAAAUCAUUCACACCAGACUCUUCAGAGGAAGUCAAUGAAAAGAAGCUGGACCAUCCUGUACUCACAGAGUAUGGAGGCAAGAUCAUGAACAAGAAGGAAAAAGCCGAAGAGAUGGAGUUGCACCGAAUGCACGUCAACUACUUCCACCAGUUCAUCGUGCUUGUCAAGCGGUGCUUCUUGUGUGUCAUCAGAAACAAGGUUGCCACGCUGCUACGCCUGGUGGCAUACAUUUUCAUAGCGGGCAUGCUGACAGUGCUAUUCUAUGACGUGGGCAACAGCGCCACCCGCGUAAUGAGCAACUCUGCCCUUUUCCUGCUCUGUCUCACCAUGGCCCUGUUCCAGUCGGCCAUGCCAACCGUCCUCAUCUUUCCAACUGAGUUAAGUGUGCUGCUCAGAGAGCACAGAAACUGUUGGUACAGCCCAUUCAUGUACUACAUUGCCCGGAUAAUUACGGAGCUUCCUUUUACGAUCUUUGGCCCGCUUGCCAUGAUGUCCUUGCUCUACUGGACGACAGGACAGCCACAAGAGAUGUGGCGUGCUGCAACUGUGGUCAUGUUUGUCAUCCAAGUGGGCUCUGUGUCCCAGGGGCUGGCUCUUGUGGUCUCGGCACUGAGCAGCAUACAGACAGCUGUGUUCCUGGUGCUGCCUGUGGCGUCACCAUCGUUCCUUUUCUCUGGCUUCUUCGUGCAAGCGCAGCAUAUUCAUGUGGCCUUCCGCUGGAUUAUGGAGACUUCACACUUAUACCAUGGCAUGCAGGGGCUUCUGGAGGCCCUGUAUGGCCGUGGGCGUCCCGAGCUCGACUGUGAGGAGCAUGAGCUCUGCUUCCUCAGUGACCCCGAGGAGGUCCUCAGGCAUCUGGACGUCAAGAAUGUUGACAUCUCCCACAAGUUCCUCAUUCUCAUCGCCAUGGACCUCUUCUAUCGGCUUGCCGCAUUCAUCAUUCUCAAGUGGCGCCUGCGAAGGAAGCGCUAGUAGUCGGACUAAGGUGACUCAUCAUAUACUCAUUGUCCAUCAGCUUCUCUGUUAAGCACAAUCUGUAAAUCUGUUUAAAAGUGCUGAGCGCCGGGAGACUAGGCUGUUUUAUUGUCAGCUCGUUAUGUCUCAUGCUUCGCAGUGGCUACCUCUGUCUGCCUCUACAGUUUAACAGAAGCUUACUGAAUCUAGCACAUGGCUGAAAUUUGGCCGCACCUCUGAGCCACUUACUAUGGGGGGCUGCAUUCAGGAAUGAUCACUUUUGGUGGUACAUUCUCUGCACUUCUUUCAUGGCAAUACUUUGCCGUGAUACGCUCAUAAGGUUUUUACCAGAGUUCUAAUAGUGCAAGCUUAACAAACUUUCUGUUAAGCCAAGCUGCCAUUAACAUAUGAGCAAAAUUUAUGCUUCUACACACAUCAGCCGAUGUACAGUAUCGCUCAAAAGGUGGCAUGUCCUAUUCUGCAGCUAUUUCACAUAAUGCCCAUCAUUCUUCAUUGACAGUGUUGCAUUAUUGUGACAAGCUUUUCCCCAAGUGUUUGUACGACGACAUAUCGGUGGGCAGAACAUUGCUCCCACUUAUGGUGGGUUGCAUCUUCCAUUAUACAAAAGGCAGUGAAAGUAACAUGAAAGCCUAAAUUUUCCGCUGAUUGGGAGCAACUUUUAGCUCUUCAUAACACCGGAGAGGCACAAAACACACACACGCAUGCACACACAAACACACGCACGCACACACACACACACACACACACACACACACACACACACUCCUCACCGCACCUAAGACAUUUUGCAACUUUAUUAAAAUUAUGAGAACUGAGCUUUCUUAACUGCAUUUUCUUUUCUCUUUUACUUCCCUUCCAGCAAUACUUUCACUUUUGCAUGACAUGCUAACAUUUGUCAGGUCUCCUCAGUCUCCUUAAUGUGAUAUUUCCAUUAAGGCAUUUCCUUAAUGUGAUAUUUCUAUUGCCAGCCCUGUUGUUUCAGUGUAGUUUCCGAUGAUGCAAGAGGAGACUAACUCUAGCACGAAGUGUGCCUCGGUGUGCACAAAUUUGCAAUUCCUAGAACCUCUGACUUAGCCUCUCGGCAUACUCUGCAAAAGUUGCAUCCCCAAAAGUGAUCAUUCCAGUAUGACGUGAGUCCUUACCUCUCACGCGUUUUUGCAUCUAAGGCAGUGUAUCUCUCGAAGCGCAAAACUUGCUCUUGUUGUGCCAGGUUUCACUAUGAUUCUUCAGCGCUACGAUCAGAUUCACCUUUCGCCUGAUGGCACUUUUUUUAUUCGUGAGACGAGAGAUGCAGUGCUUUGAAUGUGAAGUGCCUUGGUGUGUGGUUCUUGUGUCAUUGGUUGUGUUGAAUGGACUCCACUCUUCCAUUUGCUGCAGUUUGAUUGUCCUAUGAGGCACCUGCGCAGAAAGCACUGGGACACUGUGAGCUGUGUCCUGAACUGUACCUGCUACGUACCUGCGUUUCUCUGCCACAGUUCUGGCUAUCUAUUUCCCCAGUUCCAACGUGUGCUUGUUAAUAUAAAACACACAAACUCAGCUACUUCUUGGUCUUCAGUUCCAGUGCAAUAUCUUAUUGUUGCGCACUUCUGGCAAAAGUUGGGCUUGAUCCUCUUAUCCUUCUUGAAGCAUUCUGUACGUGUUCCAAUCAUUUGAGGCUUUGUUCUUUUAGAAAUGUUAGUGCGUCAAUUUCGGAAUCCAGAUGACUUCUUUGUGAAUGAUAAAGAAAACUUAAAGGGACUGUCUACAUGUUUUUCAAGGACAUUCUCUUUUGCAGCGCAAUAGAAGGCCUACCAUUCAAAGUGUCUAGAUGUGCUGUGAUUUCUAUAGAAGAAGAAAUGAGUAGAAAAUUUUUAAAAAAUGUUUCAAUGUGCAUAGUCUCUUCUUGAAACUGUGUACAGAUGUCGACAACACGGAUUACUGGACGCGAUGGCAAUCUCGGGGGGGGGGGGGGGGGGGGUCAUGCAUCAAUGCACUACUCCGUUCACCAGGACUCUGUUCGUUUGCCAUAAGGCAGUGCGCCACUCUUCGACAUGCACUAGCUGGAACCAAAAUGAAUCAUUCUCUCUCUCAAACUAAAGUUAGCAUAAAAUACAAUUUCAGGCAAUGCAAUAUUGUUUACAGGCAAUAUAACUCUCCCUUUACGGCUUUUUGCUACAUGACAGUACGCAGAUUGGUUGCACUGUUUUACCAUCAAGCGACGUCACGUCAUUUUUACACCACUUUCAGAGCCAAAUUAAAAAUGUAAUUUCUUGUUUAUGGGAUACAAGCAUGCUCGUUUCCAUCAAUAUGACACACAAUCUUCUCAUUCCCACCACAAUCCAAAGACAUGUUCCGAGCGGUAGACAGUUCCUUUAAGGAAUUAAAGGAAUGCAUGUAGAAGUUUUUCAAUAGGGCGCCAGGAAAAAAGGCUGUUCUUUAGUUAUUUUCGUCUGUCUAUACAACUGUUUCCAAUUAAGCAGGAUAGUAUCAUGAUAGAUAAACAUUGCACCCCUCUGGUAAUCGUUUCAUGUUUUGACUGCUCAAGGGCAAGGUAAAAUAGUACUGUAAUUGCUUUGUACUUAAAGCUCUGAUUAAGCCACCUUUUUUGGUUGUCAGGCCAUUCUGACUGCUCAGCAAGAUGCAGUAUUUCAUGCUACAGUUAGGUAACCAUGACAUCUCUUAUACUGUCCUUUCAGAUGCUCCAAGGGUGUGAUGAGGGCAAAUUGGGAUGAAAAGUGUGUACAUUUCAGCUUUGCUGGUUGAAGAUACUGACGAUACCUUAAGCGGCAUGCAGUUCUUUCUCUCUUUAACUCGAGAACCAUACGUCAUUAGUAUAUGAGCACUUAAGAGUUGCUCAGUUAUUCUGAUAUAUUGGCCCCUUCAUGUGGGCAUCUCAUGGCCACUUUGAAGCAGAGGAGAAAUAAGCUUUUAAGGGAGCUUUAAGUCAAAAGUUUUUCAGUGUUGUAGUCUUGACUUGAGGAUCUUUUAACAGAUCUGCUGGAAUCCUUUUAUCAGCUUCAAACUGCUUGAAAAAUAAUUUAAAGGAACCUUGACUUGUCGGUCCUUACAUUUUGAAUUUUCUACCAUAUUUAACAUUUUGGUUCAGUUCAUGAACACAAACUUAUAAAGCUGAUGCAAGAGAUCUAGAGAGCUCAAUGAACACUCAUUACUGUGAGCAGGUGUCCAUCACUCCAUUUAAUGCACUGUUUUGGUGGUCUUGGCAGCAUUUUGCUUGAGGAAAGAAUUAGAAGGGCCGUUGUGGGGUUAGUGAGCAUCUUGCAUUAUUUGUGUUACCACAUAAGUGCCACACACAAUUAACAAAACAAUGUCGCUCCAAAUUCAAUAAGUUUAGCACUCAAAUUAUAGUGUUUCAUUCAUUGAAGACCGUUCAUGGCAAGAAAGAGGCGAAGUUGUUCAUGUGAUGUAUUCUUUGUGGACUAGACACAUACAACUCACAAACUUCAUAAAAAUGAGAUCCUUGAAACUAGGCCACUUAAGAGUUGCAGAAACUGGCUGUACAGCAAAGCAAUAAGUACAGUAGUACUUGUGAUGAAAAUGCGCACAGCUGCAUGGACUAUGUCUAACUGUUUAAAACAUGUUAGAUAUGACUUUGAAAUCAUCCUGAUAAUUGUUUCAUUCACAUAUUUUAACAGGUGAAGGCUGAGGUCUCUAAUUGUGGGAAAGGGUUUGUGACUUCAGUUUUUUAGGACCAGAUAUCUCUUUUGAAAUUCCAAAAACCAGCAUGACUUCCCUUGGCUAAAAUUGCCUAGCUAGCUUUUAACAAGGCAUCAUUUGACCAGUACAUACAAUAGCACACAUUCUAAUUUGAGGUAAGGGAGCAUGAGGUUUGGAGGACUCUGAAAUUCUCCUUGUGACAGAAGUAUACAAGCCUACAAGAAAUGUAUGGUGUGGAGAUUGUUUUUCUGUGGCCAUUCUUGAAAGCAUGAAGUGUGAGGUGCUGUUGUCAUUCGGCUUUCGAAGUGACCCAUUUGGGGCACUCGUUCUGACAGCACUCAACCAUUUGAAGACAGAUGUGGCAUCGCACAAAAUAAAAGGAACAGCAUAAAGACAUGACUUGGGAAGAAUGACACUGUGCAGUGCUGGGUAACAGCCAUUUGCUUUACAUUGUAACUCUCUUCUAGAUGAACAUCAGAGGCCUUAAAAAUCUUACAAGCUUAACAGAAGCACAUUUAAUGUACGGGAGAUGAAAUAGAUAAACCCAGAAUCAUUCAGCCAAUCAGGAAUUUCAACUAAUGGAGAGUUUGUCUUAAAUUAUUAUAUCAAUGUUUCCUGAAUGUGCACACUGGCACAGUUUCUGUAUUCACCUACUUGGUUCUGAGUAAGUGAAUGCAGAAGUAUGUGAAUCAGCACAGGCAAGCCUCAACACAAUGAACAUUGAUACAAAUAUUUAUCGAACACACUGAAAUAUAACUAUAAAAUCUUGUUGGCCGCAUUCCACUCCAGCAAGUGUUCUAUCAUUGCAACUUAAUUGAAAACACAGUGCUCAACACAGUACCGGUUACAACAAAACACAUUAUGCUUCUACUUAACAAAGCCUGUGUAAGCUGGCAGCAAAAAGGUUAAAUAUAUUUGCAAAAGUGACUCACAAGUGUAGGAUUUCACACAUCUGAUGCAACUAAGUGCAAGUCUUUGGGUGCUUAUGCCUCGCACCAACAGCAAACAGAGGUCAUCUCAAGAAAAAGAGCAAUCCUUUAUUGUACAAUUUCGGCUACCUGCAGUACUGUAGGCGGAAGCAGCUCUUGAGCCGAAUUUCGCAUCUGCUUUUAUAAUUAAUAUUGGGCAUAACGAACAAAACUUUCCCCCAAUUCAGACCUAAAGGGAAACACAACCUCAAACCCCGGAUAUCAAGAUUAGACCAGUUCACCUGCGAAUAAAUUAAAACCUGGAUAAAUCAAAACCUCAAUUUUCUUUAUACAAAAAAAUGACCGCAGUCAAACCCUGAUAGAACAAAUUAGUAUUCUCUAAUCGUACGCAUGAUGCUCACUGACCAAUACUCACGUAAAUUAACUGCCUCAUAACAAAGUGAACAUUAGAUAUAUCGAACUAGUGGCAUCGGCUACCAGGUGAAGAGCCACCUCGCCCGACACUUCAGGAUGUCUUUUGCGUUGGAUGCACUGCCCUGGUACUGUGCAGACAUUGAGAGAAGUGGACUAGAGUGGGUCUUCAUAAUCUCGUGCAUUGAGAAUGCCAUUUUUAAUGUUGCUGAGGAUCACUUUAAGGCAGAGUGAAUGAGUGAAUGAACUUUAUUUUAGAGAUCAAGCUCUUGGUUCCCAGAGGUGGGCGGCCACCCUAUUCCAAGUAGCCGUGACCCUGUGCUGACAGGCUAGCCCUGUUCAUCAGUCGUAGCUGGUCCUUAGGACUUGGGCUUGUCAGCUGGAAGGCCCACUGGUCUUCUGCUGAUGCUUGGAUGGGCAUUGUCUGUGGGUUCUUGUUGCAUUCCCAGAUUAUGUGGUAGAGGGUGUUUGGCAUAUUGCAGAAUUUGCAGUCUCUUGUAUACUUUGAGGGAUACAUUGCGUGCAGUAGAACGCCAUGAAGGUAAUUCGCAGAAAAAAAAUUACAGCAUGCUGCGCGUUGUUUUGUUUUCAGUAAAUUUAUUCCUUCCUGGCUUAUUUUUUCCACUGGAGCUAACUAUUCCACAUAAUCAAUGCACCACAAAAGUUGGUUUAAGGUUUUAUAGGCAAGUUUGGGUAUAUUGAAUCUCCUGAUAUAUCGAACUAUUUUUUUGCACACACGCACGUUCAAUAUAACUAGGUUCGACUGCAUUUACAACCUGUGUCUAUGUGCCCCUUCUGGAAACCAAGUAUCCGACUCUUAGUUGACACAGGCUAUCUACCAUGUUCACUCUAUUGCUUUGUUACCCUUCAUUUCUCAGCAAGACACGAUACCAACCAGCUUAGCUUGGCACCUUGCAGAAGCAGCACAGCUUUGUUGGUUGCUUCUCUUCAGUACAACUAUUGUCUUGUCACUGUUAUUUCAUUGAAUCGCUAAAGAAAAAAAGCCCAGAAAUUAUAAUUUGUACAUUCGGUUUCCGUUUACAUUUAUUCCUCAUAAGCACAAACAUUUGCAAGUAUGGUUUCGUAGUAUUAAAUCAGUGGGUAUAAAAAAUUUGCAGCAAUAGUUUCAUUUAUAAUUCAUGAUUUUUUUUAUGGCUAGUAGAGCCAUUAAAAUAAGAGAAAUUCGGUUUUUCCAGGUUUCGUUUUAUUAGGAGGUCCUCCUCAGUAGUUUUACUGUUCAUGUUAUUUACGUUUUACUGCGGUAUUGCCGGAAAAAUUGGUAAAAGAAUGUUCCUGAUCUUGCACACUAAUUUUCUUUUAACUCUAAAUGCAAACCUUAGGAGUCGCCAAGUACUUAGCACAAGCAUAAAUUGUUAUGUCAUGGCUGAUAAAUUUAGAACAGAUAAGCUACGGCUGCAGCUGCUGCAAUGAUUCUACACAAGUCAAAUGAGUCUGCUGCAAUCACGUUAACUUCCAAGGCUGUCUUUUCACCAAGUUUCUGGAGGCAUGUUUGCUUUCUUGGUACAUCACUCAAGCUCUACUUGCUCCCACGACUACAGGUUGUUCUUUUAUUACACUGACCAACUUGGCAGCGUGUUAGGCCUCAUUAUUGAAGCACAGUUAGUGAUCGCUCUGUUAGAUUCAGAGUUUUGUAUAGAGUACUUCAACCUAUUCAUCCUGACAACUACAAAUACUAACCUUCUCAGCUACAUAUUUAACGCUGUCACCAGUGAGGGCAUCUGUAAGAAAUUAAGAUUGUUUUCUUCUGUUGGCAAUGAUAAAUGUUAUGGAUUAAGAAUAGUGGGUCAUGUUUGAGACAACUACUGUACGUACUCACCAGUUUAUUUUUCAUGUGAUUGCAGAUAGGUAACAAGUUGAUAAGUUACAUAGUUAAUAAGUUAGCUUUUUUAUACUCUCCUCUUUUUGUUGCACUGCAUGUACAGUGCACUCCACUGAUGAAGGGAGUGCAGAAAUGCAAGGCUAACACUAUGUGGCUGUUUGAGCUGCAUAUGCACGUGGAAGCAGUGUUGAUGCACUUUGCAGAGUAAUGAGUGCCACCUACUGCAAGUCUUCUGCUGUGAGGCUAAGCACUUGCAGACUUUUCUGAGAGAAAAACUUGCCCAUGCAUCGCUCCUACCUGUUUCAUAUUACACUGGACCACACCGUACAUAAUGUUCGUGCAUCUCACUGACCAUUACACUGCAAGUGUCUUUGGUAGUUUCCGUUUGCUUUCUUGCACAAAAUUGAUAUGGAAGUGUGGCUGUGUUUCUGCCUUUCAUGGACAGUCUUGGUGAAACUACGAAAUCUUUGUUUUUUCAUAUGAUGUUGCCCAAUAGCUUGAGCUAUAGGGCUCUUAUCUGCUGUCUGUUAUUAUGAGCAUGUCAGCUGUAUAUCAGUUACUGUGUAAUCACACGAGGUGUUGACUUGAGUGUCAGUAGUUUUGCAAUUGUUAUUGGCUUCACAACAUGCAAGGUCUUUCAAUUAUCGAAGCUGGUGUCCCAUCUCAUCACAGCAGGAGUUCACAGCUGUGCAAUCUAGGCCUUUGCAAGUGUUGAGCACUUCUGAUUUGGUGUUGGUCCCUUAAAUGCCUCUGUGAGCACGUUUGCCUAAUGUAGUCUGCUAGGCUUGGUUUAUCGCAUGGUUUUUUGUGCAAUUGUCUUCAUGUUGUGUUGCGCUCUCUUUUCCAUUUUUUACAUUAGUUAGCCCCUAUAUGUUCCUAAUUUACUAUCAGCACAAAAUUCAAAUGUGAACAAGUCAGAAACAACUCCAAUGCUUUGUCUGUUUCCGAGUUUACCUGCAUUUGUAACAAUGGCUUACUUUGGACUCCAAAAUGUACACUUGGGACUACUACAUGCUUAGAAACCAGCUACAGAGUGAUCACACAUCACACUUCCAUGUAAUUAAGCAUAACAUGCAUUCUGAUAAGUUAUUUCCUGUUAGUGUUUCAAUUUAUAUGGAAGGUACAUAUUGGCAGAUCAACCCAUGCACUUCCCCCAUGCAGCAAUUUUCUGUUUUCAACCAGUGCUGUUCUUUCCAGCCCUUACCCUACCACACACAUGCACAAAAAAAAUAUCUAUAUCGCUGGCCAUUUCUUGCACGCUGCUGGCAUUGCAGCUAAUGCCCCACCAUAAUGAGUAGGACUCGUUCACUGUACAAUAACAGCUGAGAUAAAUUUUGUUGUCCUCUUGCACAUAGAAAAACAUUGCAUUACUUGUAACUAUACUCCCAUGGCAUGUUACAUGGCAGUUCUUAUGCUCAGAGCAACGAAGACUAUUUUUACACGAGGAGUGCUAAUGCAGCAGUAAAUUUAGCGCCACAAUUUUAUACCCCAGGAGCUAGUGUCACAGAGAUAGCACUGCUACGCGGCUUCCAUUUUUGGUCGGCUUAGCCUGCCGUUUUACUGCCGCCAAGCCAGUGCACAUGCAUCCCUUAAUAAUUAGGUCUUGCUUGCAGUGUAGAUUCUGGAAUGUGUGUGCCUGUUUUCGCAGUGUCAAGUGGUUGUGAGCACAAGCAGCUGCUAUUGCUACUGGUAUGCAAGUUGCGCCAAGUUGCUGUCUUGAAAGAUGUUAAGUGUUACCUUACUUUCCAUACAGACCACAGAGUGAGACCAUUGCUGAAGCCACUAAUCAUAGGCAAUUAACAUAAAUGUUCAGGUACAGAUUCUUAAAUUUCAUUGCUUGGUCAAGAGAAAUAGUUGCACCUAAUGCAAAUGUUGCCUUCGUUUUUUUUUUAAUGUGAUAGUCUGCAUGAGCUAUAAUUCUCUAGUGGUCAGUUGUGGCUAGUAGGUCCUGCCUGUAUGUUGCCAUGGCAACCAACAUGCUGUUGAAACUUGUCACCAUGCUCUUUAGGCAGAGAGAAGACUGUUUUUGGAAUGUUUCAUGUAGUUGGUUAACCAUAUAGAGUGUUAAUCUACAGCUUCCAGUGUACAGCAGGGACAUGAUCCAAAUGUGCAUCUUGUGCUUGGGUAAGAGCCACAUACUAUUGUCAACAAAAUCAAUGCAAGCACCGACUUUGUCAGUAAGCUUAGAGUCCCAUUAAAACUUUUGUUAAAGAAAUGGUAAAGACAUAUGUGGGCUAUUAUAACCUGUUCACAUUACUUGUGGGGUAUGGCGAUACAUCUGCAAUUAAGUCUUCAUUCUUUUUUAUAUAGAACCCAAGAAAUGGCUGCAGCAGAUGAUAGUGCAAGGAUUUUAAAAUGAUUGGUGGCUCAUAUUUUCUAUGAUUGGCAACUGAGGUAACAUUAGGCUUUCCCCUUACUGUUUAGCCAUGAUAAAGGCAAUCAUUAUGGACUCAUGUACAUACUUGUAAAACCUGCAGGUGAGAAGCAAUAAUGUGUUGCAGUGGGUAUUGUGGUGCUGUGUUUAUAUGUUCCCAUUUCAUGGCCAUAGCUGUGUGAAACUGUGCUAUCUCCACAAUGACAGUAAUUUGAGGCGCCUUGUUUUCACUGUUUGGUGUAGUGACAGCUGAUGUUUGAGUGACCACAUUUGAGGCCAAUCGCUAUACUGUAGUGCUUGGCUAGCUCUGUAAUUUUGUGUUACCGCGUAAUGUUUUUCAUAUAGUUCCGACUUGUUGGGUCAUAUUUGCACUUGCCAGUGCUCUUUCAUGUGAUACAGACUGCUCUUGCGUUGAAACAAGUGUUUUGCUAAAGACUGUUAUAGUGUGAAGCAUUGUUUUCCUAGAGCCCUAUGAUGUGUAUAUUCUUGCUUAGUCAUCACACCAUCUGCCCUAUAACAAAGGUGGUUGCCAAAUACUGUGCAUGUGCGGUAAUGCCUUCAAUUUGAUUACAAACGUCUGUGAUUGUUGCCAUUGCUUUUUUCAUAUCUUUUUUUUUUAACAUUGUGUGGCUUCUAUUCCUUCUUUUUUGAAUGCAUUGUAACCUCAUGACAUUCAUGUGUUGCUUUCCCCUGUCAGUAACAAACUAGAUGUCUUUCCUCCAGUGGUUUAACCUCAAUGCCUCUAUCCACGUGUUUAUGUUAUGUUCUUAUAGCUAUCAAAGUGAGAAUUUGCAAGAUAUGGGAGUUAUCUGGACCCAGUGCCUAUGUGUGUGCACAAACACCAUUGAAGAAUUGAAAGGUUUAAAGUGUGAGGUGAAUAUAUGUGAAAUGGUUAAUGACCAGCUUAAGUCUGGAAUGAUUACAUAUGUGCAUCAAAUGACUUAUUGGUUCUCAGAUGUUUAAACUCAACCACUCUUCAGAGAAGGCACGAUAGGGUGUGUAGGUUUAUUGAGUUGUGUUUUGUUUUCUGCUUAGGCUUAGGAUACAGAGGCAUCACAGCAGCCCACACUUGUUGAAACUGACAGUCUGCUUGUCUCUGCCUUCAUUUUCGAAACGCUGUCCCUACAAUGGGCAGUUGCUUUGCAGAUGCAUUUCCAAAAAUGAACUAUACUGAAUACACAGGCGGAGUUUCGCUCGUUAAAGUCAUGAUCCAAAACUGCUGAAAUGUUCCUUGUGCAAAUGAUUUCAUAAAUUUUUCAUUAGAAAAUUAUGUUGAAUGUACGCAAAAUUAGGUUCAUAAUAAAUGUGUGGAAUGGAUGAAAUUGUUAUCGGACUGAAUAACGAAAUGUUUCAGUAGGAAAGCCAUGGCAGAGGGCGCUAUUUAUGCUCUCCUUCCCGGUGCAUAGCAUUACAAACUGAUUAUAUUUGCCAGUUGUAUAGCCAAAGUUGCACCUUUCUUAGUCUUUUGUUCCUGCUUGAUUACAUUUGUCUACUAUAUGGAUGUAGGCAUUCUUGUAGCUGUGAUCAUGGAAGUUGCUGUGCUGGACCAUGGUGACAAUGAAUGCGUUGCGAAGUGUGUGAUGAAACCAGCUUAUCCGAGAAUAGGUCUGGUAUUUUCUGUUGUAUUUGUACGUAUAGCACUUCUACAUCAGUCUUUGGUGAAGUGUUGCAUUAAACAUUCGUUGAAUCGCAU